AUGUUGUAUAUGUCUGAAAAAAAUUCCAAUGAAAGUUUCCAUUUCGAAGGCGACGCAGGAAACAAAAUAGACGGCAAUGAAGUCAAGCACGUGGAUUUUCUUAACCAAGACAGCUUGGCAGAAUUCAAGGCCAUGUGUAAAAGAGUCGACUAUGAAAGCGAAGAAGAGUGCAAGGAAUUUCUCCAUCAAUUUUAUUGUUUGGUCAACAACUGGAACGGUCGACUUCCAAAUCUCGAAGAAUUUUUUUGUCCCGCCGAUGUCGAUUGGCUACUCUCGGAGUCUGUAAUUUGCGAUGACAACGCGAUCGAGCCAGGACCUAUCAUCGACUUCGUGAUCAGGACAGGCUACAAAGACCAACCUAACUUCGAUGAAGAAGGCAAGCCAUUACCGCAUCGCACCACACCAAUUCAUUUUGCGGCUAGGCGCAAGGAAAAACUCAUCAUCGUUGAUUUGUUUAAAAUAUACGACAGCUUCGAGGUAAAUUACAUCGAUGUCGAGAGCGGUCUAACGCAUCUGCACGUGGCUUGUGAAUACGGCUGCGACGAUGUCGUCGAAAAAUUCCUCGAGCUCGGGCAGAAUCCCAAUUGCUACACACCAAAAUUUUUAAUCACGCCGCUGUUCUUGACCCUUCUUAACGGCCACCAGAAGACGGCUGAAUUGCUGGUAAGAGGAGGCGCUGAUCCAAACGCAGCCACUGCAGUGGAAAUGACACCUUUGCACGUCAUUUGUCGGAGGGAAGACGACAGCCAUGACUUGCUGAAGAUGUUCUUCGAGAUCACCGACGACCUCCAGCAUAAGGUACAGGUCGACGCCCAGGACAAGUGGGGCAACAGACCACUUCAUUUGGCUCUGCUCAAUAAUAACCGUGAGGUGGCCGAAUUCCUGCUGAGAAGAGGCGUAGAUCUCAAUUCGCCCAACAAUAAGGGAUCAACACCUCUAGAUAUUAUUUAUAAAAAAAAUUACGACGAAGACUUUUUAGCCCUAUUCUUCAAGAUCAGCAACGAACUCAAGAAAAAGGUAUAUGUGGACAUUCGAGACAAAUCGGGUAAUACACUACUACACCGGGCUCUCCUCGAACGCAAUAAAAAGAUGGUUGAAUCGUUGCUGAGACACGGCGCCGACACGAACGACGCUAACUCGAUAGGAUUGUCUCCCGUGCACCUGAUUUGCUUGGGAGACGACGUAGGUGAUUUUCUAGAGUGGUUCUUCAGGAUGAACGACGAGAUGCAGAAGACGGUACGAGUCGAUGCUCAGGACAACUUGGGUAGAACAUCGCUGCACUUGGCUCUGGAGUUUGAUAACGAGGAGGCGGUCAAACUUUUGCUGAAAAGAGGUGCCAGCCCGAAUAUAGCCAACAACGAUGGCUCGACUCCGCUGCAUUUAAUUUGCAACGCGCGCCACGAUGCCUAUGAAAUGGCGGAGAUAUUCUUCGACGAAGCAGUCAAUGAGGUGGUGGAGUUGGACGUCCGUGACGAGAUGGGCCAGACACCGUUACAUCUAGCUCUGUCUCGUGGCCGCAAAAACUUGGUCCGACUGCUGCUGACGAAUGGCGCGGAUCCCGAUAAAGCCGAUAACUACGGAUUGACUUCUUGGCACUUGAUUUGCUGGGAAGGGGUCGACGACGAUCUGCUCGAGUUAUUCUUCAACGGCGAGAUCAAGCGAGCGAAGCAGUUAGACGCCCGAGACAAGUCGGGCCGGUCGCCCCUGCAUUACGCUCUGCUCGCCAAUAACAAGAAGGCGGUCGAAUGGCUGUUGAGAAGCGGCGUCGAUCUAAAUUUAGCCGACCCGCGUGGAUCGACCCCUCUGCAUUUGAUUAGCUCGGAACAAGUAGAUGACGAUAUGGUGGAGAUAUUCUUUACGAAGAACGACAUGAGCAAGAUGAAGAUCGAGAUCGACGCUCGCGACGAGUCGGGUAAGACUCCGCUUCACCAGGCUCUACUCGCCGACAAUAAAAAGGUGGCCCUGGAGUUGCUGCAAAUAGGCGCCGACCCAAAUCUGGCCGACUACGAAGAAUCGACGCCUCUGCAUUUGAUAUGCGAGAGAAAGCACGACGACGACUUGGCGGAGACGUUCUUCGAGAUCAGCGACCGGAGAUUACAGUCGGUGCGGGUAAACGCUCGCGACGAGAGGGAUCGAACACCGCUACAAUUGGCCGUGCUCAACGGACUCCGGAAGGUGGCCGAAUUGCUACUGAAACGCGGAGCGGAUUCGGACUUGACUUCGAAGGGCGGAAUGACACCCCUGCACAUCUUAUGUACGAGCGACGACGACGACGAUUUGACCAAGAUAUUGUUCAAGAUCAACGGCGACGUCGAGCAGCGGGUCGACGCUCUAGACGAGUGGGGCGACACACCUCUGCAUCUGGCUCUACGCCACGGCAAACAGAAAAAGGCCGACGCGUUGCUGAGACUAGGCGCCGAUCCCAGUCUGGCCAACGAAGCCGGAAGAACGGCUCUGCAUUUGAUCAGCCUGUUGUGGGACGAGGAUCGAGAUGCGCAGCUGUUCGUCGCUAUUACCGAGGAGCUUCGUCGCAGGGGGCAGAUCGAUGCCCGAGACAAGCAGGGCAACACGGCCUUGCACGAGGCGCUGAGAAAGGGGUCGAAUCAGAAGGCCGCGUUUCUGCUGAUGAGAGGCGCCGAUCCCAAUGCAGCCAACGCGGGUGGAUCGACUCCUCUGCAUUUUAUCGCUGCGCGGUACAGCCCAGUCGAGGAUUACAAUAUGGUGGAUGAACUUUGCAAAAUUGCCCAAGAUCUAAAUGAAGUAGUACGGAUCAAUGCCCAGGAUAUGAUAGGUGAUUCACCGUUGCAUUUGGCUCUGUGCAACGGCAAAAGGAAAAUGGCCGAGUCGCUGCUCAGAUGGGGCGCAAAUCCAAAUUUACCCAAUGCGAAGGGAUCGACACCUCUCCAUGUUAUUUGCACGAGAAAAAACGACGAUGACUUGGCAGAGAUGUUUCUCGAGACCUGCAACGAAGUGAAACAGAUGGUAGAGGUCGAUGCCAGGGACACGUCGGGUCGAACACCACUGCAAUGGGCUGUAGCUAGCCUCUUGCCGAAUACAGUCAAUGUACUCUUGGAUCACGGAGCUGAUCUGUCUAACUUUGUUUUUCCUACCGAGGAUUACCUCGCCAAGAACGUUCCUUGGUAUUCUAAAAUUCAGGAUUUUAAAUUGAUGUACGUUGCUGCCCUUCUUGCCACUGUUGAGAAUCUCGAGAAGAGAGGAUACGAACUGGGCCGAAGCGACGCCCUGACUAUUAUGAAACUUUUCGCUGAGCACGGAUUGUUCCAGACUUCGGUGGAUCUUAGAAAAUGUUGGUACUAUUACGAGGAUUUAGUGAUGAUAGCGAAAAAGAUAACAGUACAUUCGAGCUUGUCGCUUUACGAUUUGAGCCGGUUACGAUCCGAAGAAGUAAAACGACUAUUUUCAUACGAGAACUACCGCGAUCUCGUGAACGAGGAAUAUUCGCAUUAUUAUUGGAGCAGUUUCGAAGGAUCGAUUCGGGCUCGUGUUGCGGAUCUGUGCGAGAAACUAUCGACAGGAUUUUUCAUGUGCUGA